AUGCUGCCGGGCUCGGUCCUCGGCCUGACGCUUUUCAACAUCCCCCCGCCCCGAUCGGGCAGUAAAUAUAACCCCCCUGCUGUGGCAACGCAGUGUCUCUGUGUCUGCGGCUGUGUGGGCAGCCACCUCCGGGAAUCCUCGGUUAAUUUGCUUUCGCCAGCCUCGCCUCCCCCACACGCUGCGCUGCCCUGUCAGCAGGUGCUGGAGAGACGCAGACACCCCAAUACCCCAAGUAACAGCCCUCUGAGCACCAGUACCCUGAGAAACAGCCCUCAGAGUAACACCACCAAUACCCCAAGUAACAGCCCUCUGAGUACCGGUACCCUGAGAAACAGCCCUCAGAGUAACACCACCAAUACGCUGAAUAACAGCCCUCUGAGUACCGGUACCCUGAGAAACAGCCCUCAGAGUAACACCACCAAUACCCCAAGUAACAGCCCUCUGAGUACCAGUACCCUGAGAAACAGCCCUCAGAGUAACACCACCAAUACCCCAAGUAACAGCCCUCUGAGUACCGGUACCCUGAGAAACAGCCCUCAGAGUAACACCACCAAUACCCCAAAUAACAGCCCUCUGAGUACCGGUACCCUGAGAAACAGCCCUCAGAGUAACACCACCAAUACCCCAAAUAACAGCCCUCUGAGUACCGGUACCCUGAGAAACAGCCCUCAGAGUAACACCACCAAUACGCUGAAUAACAGCCCUCUGAGUACCAGUACCCUGAGAAACAGCCCUCAGAGUAACACCACCAAUACCCCAAAUAACAGCCCUCUGAGUACCGGUACCUUGAGAAACAGCCCUCAGAGUAACACCACCAAUACGCUGAAUAACAGCCCUCUGAGUACCGGUACCCUGAGAAACAGCCCUCAGAGUAACACCACCAAUACGCUGAAUAACAGUAAUAGUGCCUCAAGUAACAGCAGUACUGGUACCCUCAACAACAGGAACAGUACUCAAGUAACAGUCCUCUAAAUAUCAGUAGCAGUGCCCUUCACAACAGCAAUGGUGCUAGAGGUGAGAGUACCUGAAGAACAGUACUCCAAGUACAGUAUCAGUAUCCCAUAUCAAUGUGUCUGGAGUAACCAUACUGCAAAUAACAGCACCCCAAACAACCCUCUCCAUACCCCAGGUAACAGUACUCCAAGUGCAGUAGCACUCCUCAGGGUAACAGUACCACCAGUCCCUGUCCCACAGCGGCAGUGCCCGUCUGACUCCUGCCCGCUCCAGGCAGCUGGUGCUAAAGGAGUCAUGUCCCUCGCCUGCCGCCAUGGCUGCACCACGCUGAUCUAUUGCCAGAGGAAUUACUGAUUUUCCUUUGCUGAGGCCGAGACCAACAUCUCCUCUUUGGGCCUCCCAAUCACUCCUCACCCCCAACACCGGCCUGCUGCAGGCUGGGCCAAGAAUCUCCUUAGCUGGAGGCCUCGGCGCUCCCUGUCUCCAGCCAACAGCAACGCGUCUCGGCUUCGCUGGCAGCCCUGCCCAGCCAGAACAGACGACUCCCCUGUAUUUAUUAUCAGCCCCACACCUGUGUGGGCUCUUCCCACAGCCCCGGGAUCCCUUUGCCAAGCCCUCCCUCCUGGCAGAGAUGCCACGGGGCACAAGGCCUGUUCCACGCUUUCAUGGUCUCAGAGCAUUGUGAGCUCUCUCUGUGCCUCCCUACCUGGCCAAGGGCUCAGGGAUCCCACCACCCCGGCCUCCACCCCCUUGCCACUACUACAGACUGGCGCGAGUGCCCCGGGCCUGGCUUUAUGGGAACACCGAACAACAUGGCUAGAAGCUCAGGCUGCAGCAUCCCUCUCUCAGGUUGCACUCCCUGGGCCCCAGGGUCAGCACCCAGGCCUCGGGGCAGGCAAAGGCAGCUGGUGCAGCUACCCCUGCCCUGGGCUCGGUCCCUGGAGCCCACGCUCCUUUUGUCACAGUCUCCCCGGCGCUCCCUGGGCUCCCUGUGCAUUGCAACGGUUCUCCCAGGCUCUCACCCACCCAGGCGCUGGGUCCAGCCAACCUCCUGGGCCUGCGUCUCUCCCUGCUCCCUUCAAGUAUUCAGCACGUCCGCUCUGGGUGCGAGAACCUUCCCCUCUGCAGCACCUGCCCCGGCACAGCCUCCUGUCUCCCUCCUGCCAGGGCACAUUAGCCCCUGACCCUUGCUUGGCUGUCUCCAGCUCUCCCGCCCCGCAGCCAUGGCAGAGACACUAUGCAUCAGUGGUG